GCAUAGAAUUUUUUUUUUUUUUUUUUGCUCUGUUUUGCUCUAUGCAACCAGUCUUGCCUGUUUGAAGUUUAUAGGAUACUACUACAUACAGUAGUGUGUAGGGUGACUCUCUGCUCCCAGCCCUCGAUUAUAUAUAUUAAAUAAUAUUCAUCUUUUUAUUAACAAAAAAUUAUUAUUACAACAACAUUUUUAUAUUAAAUAACAACAACAACAAUUUAAAUAUUAUAAAUAUUAAUCAAGAAACAUCGAACUUUAUAAUAUAAAUUUAAUUUUUUGAUCAAUUAAAUUUACCUAAUAAUUAUAAUAAUAAUAAUAAUGUGAUAAGAUGAAACAAUUUCUAUAAUAUUAUUAUUAUUAUUAUUUUUCGUUUUUCUUUUGUGGUGAUUAUUAUAAAGAAAUAAGUGAUAUCAGGAUUUGUCAAAGAAAAAAAAAAUUUCAAUAUUUUUGAGGCGUUUUUUUCUUUGUCGCUCUUUGAGGGCGGGGGCGGGAGAUGGAAAUGGAAAAGAUAAAAAAAAAGUCAAAAUAAAAAUAAAUGAAAGUGAGUGAGAGAGACAAAAAAAAUAAAAAAAUAAUAAUAGUACAGUCUACAGUGUCAUCAGUGUCAUGAGUCAUUAAAGUGCUACAAAUACUACAUAGUAGCUGUAUAUGAUAUAACUAUAUCUAUAUCUGUAUGGUACAAAUAAUUAACAAUGCUCCAGGAUACAUUCAUUCUUAUUAUUACACUUUUAUUUUUAUAUCACAAUUUUUCAUUUGCCAUUGUGUGUGCACCAAAGUUGAGUGAAAAAAUAAUUAAAAAAUAUUUAUAAAAAAAUAACUACAGUUAAUAAUAAUAAAGCUAGGAAUUGAUAACAAUAAUUUUUUAUAUUGUGUAAUUUAUAAAUUUUAUUGAUAAAAAAAAAAGAAAAAUAUGCAAGUGAAUUUACAUUGUUUAAUAAUAUUAAUUAAUAAAUAUGUUGGUUAAUGCUUCAGUGUGCCGGUUAUGACGUGACAUUUGUUAAUAACGCUGAAAUCACGUUGUAUUUGUUUUUUAUUUGUACAACAACAAAAGUACUUGUUAUAUUUUUUUUUUUUUCUUAAAGUGAUUUAAUAAAAUUUGGACUAUGACGACGGUGUUGAAUCACGUUGCUCAAUCAAAAAAUUUUAAUCAUUAAUCAUCAUAAUAUUUAUAAUUUAUCAAACAAUGCAAUAUCAUCAUUAUUAUCUACAUAUAUAGACAUUUUUAAAAAAAUAUAUAUUCAACUGUUGUUGUUGUUGUUGUUAUUAUUAUUGUUGAUGACACGUGAUACCAAGUGUUGUUUGUUUAAUUUGUUUUAUUAUUAUUAUUUAUAAAUUUUGUGUGUGUGGUGUGUUCAGUGUUGAUGCCAAUGAGAAUUGAUGAAAAAUAUCCUAUAGGUAAUAGGUACAAGUGUACAACUGAUUUUUUAUAUAAAUAAAAUUAUUGAUAGUUAUUGACAGCAACAAUGGCGGAUGAUGAGGUACUCUUUGAUGAUGUUUACGAGCUCUGUGAAAUUAUUGGCAAGGGACCAUUCAGUGUAGUACGAAAAUGCAUUCAUCGACAAACUGGCCAAACAUUUGCUGUUAAAAUAGUUGAUGUCGCAAAAUUUACAUCUAGUCCUGGUCUCAGCACUGCUGAUUUGAGAAGAGAGGCAACAAUAUCUCACAUGCUCAAACAUCCUCAUAUUGUUGAGCUUUUAGAAACAUACAGUUCAGAAGGAAUGCUGUAUAUGGUUUUUGAAUAUAUGGAUGGACCAGAUCUUUGUUUUGAAGUUGUUAGACGUGCAUCAGCUGGAUUUGUUUACAGUGAAGCAGUUGCAAGUCAUUAUAUGCGACAAAUACUUGAGGCAUUACGUUAUUGUCAUGAAAAUGAUAUUAUUCAUCGUGACAUUAAACCACAAUGUGCACUUUUAGCUGGAAAGGAAAAUUCAGCACCAGUUAAAUUACGUGGAUUUGGUGUUGCUUUGCAACUACCACUUUCACAAAAUAAUGGCGUUGAAACUUACACGACCGAGUAUCGUCAAUAUCUGAGCCCAAAGGGGCAGCUGUACUUGAAGACCGACAGUGGGGGAAGAGUUGGAGCACCUCAUUAUAUGGCACCAGAAGUUAUUCAACGUCGACGAUAUGGAAAACCAGGUGAUGUUUGGUCUGCUGGGAUACUCAUUCAUGUUUUAUUAACUGGAACAUUGCCUUUUGUUGGAUCUGGUGAUAGAUUGAGAGAAGCAAUAUGUCGAGGAAGAGUUCAGAUGGAAACACCAAUUUGGGAUAAUAUAAGUGAUCAUGCCAAGGAUCUUAUUGAAAAAAUGCUGACAAGUGAUCCUAAUCAUCGAAUAACAAUUCAAGAUGUUCUCAAUCACAAAUGGCUCAGAGAUCGAGAUAAGGGUGCAGCUCGUAUUCAUUUAAGUGAAACAAUUGAAGAACUCAAAAAAUUUAAUGCAAGAAGAAAAUUAAAGGAAUCUGUUAAAACAGCAGUAUCAUCGGCAAAAUGGCAUUCUGAUGGAAAUGGUGAUAUGUUUCUUGAUGUUGGUGAUGAUGACAUUGCAACAACAGCGGCUAUUUCUGAAAUAUUAGAGUCAUUGGAUGAUAUUGAAAUAUUACAAGACAGUGGUAGAUUGACUAGAUCAGAAAUUCUUUCAGCGAUUGAUGAUUAUUGGCUUCGUGGUAUUCUUGAGUUGUACGACAAGGUAUCAACAAAAGUAACAACACCAACAAAACCACCACAAACAGAUGCUGUACAACGUGCUAAAGAUGUUGAAGAAUAUUUACGUGAAGCUGAAUUAACACAAUUUCGUUGCAUCGACCAUGGUGAACUUCGAGAACUUCAAGAAAUCCUAAAUCAGCCACACAUUAAAACACUUUUACAAGCUCAUGAUGUUGCGGGCCAUGAAGUUUAUGGUGAGGGAGCAUCAAGAGUCACACCACCACCAUUGCUACCUUAUCUCAAUGGUAGUGAUGAUAUUGAGGGUCAAAAUGGUGACAUGGAUGUGGAUAAUGUAACACGAGUUAGACUUGUACAAUUUCAAAAAAAUACUGAUGAACCAAUGGGAAUAACAUUGAAAAUGAAUGAGGAUGGUAAAUGUGUUGUCGCAAGGAUAAUGCAUGGUGGAAUGAUACACAGACAGGCAACACUUCAUGUGCUUGAUGAAAUUAAAGAAAUAAAUGGUAUACCAGUGGCAAAUCAAUCAGUAAAUACAUUACAAAAAAUGCUUAGAGAAGCAAGAGGAUCAGUAACAUUUAAAAUAUUGCCAUCAUACAGGAUUGCACCGCCUCCUUGCGAGGUACAAUUGUUCAGGAUUAGGCCUCUGCCAGUUUUAAUAUUUGUACGUGCUCAAUUUGAUUAUGAUCCAUUGGAGGAUGAACAUAUACCAUGUGCUCAAGCAGGUAUUGCAUUUAAAACUGGUGAUAUAUUACAAAUAAUAAGUAAAGAUGAUCAUCAUUGGUGGCAAGCACGUAAAGACAAUGCUGCUGGUUCUGCUGGUCUCAUACCAUCAUCUGAAUUACAAGAAUGGCGCAUUGCCUGUAUGGCUAUGAAAAAAAAUAAACCAGAACAAGAUGGGGAAGGAGAUGGUGGCUGUUCUCCUCACACAGAGGGCUGUGACAGCUCGACAGUCAAUUGCUCAAUUUUUGGCCGAAAAAAAAAACAAUACAAAGAUAAAUAUUUGGCAAAGCACAAUGCUGUUUUUGAUCAGCUGGAUCUGGUCACUUAUGAGGAAGUUGUAAAAGUACCUCAUGAAGCAUUUCAACGUAAAACUCUUGUACUUCUUGGCGCUCAUGGUGUUGGUCGUCGUCAUAUUAAAAAUGCCAUUAUAUCAAAACAUCCAGACAAAUACGCUUAUCCAAUUCCACAUACAACGAGGCCUCCAAGAAAUGAUGAAGAAAAUGGUCGUAAUUAUUAUUUUGUAUCACACGAUGAAAUGAUGGCUGAUAUUAGUGCAAAUGAAUAUCUUGAAUAUGGAACACAUGAAGAGGCCAUGUAUGGAACAAAAUUAGAAACAAUUAGAAAAAUUCAUGAAGAAGGACGAAUGGCUAUUCUUGAUGUUGAGCCGCAGUCACUUAAAAUUUUACGAACAGCUGAAUUUGCACCUUAUGUUGUAUUUAUUGCUGCUCCAGUUGUUCAAAAUCUUAAUGACUACGAUGGAAGUCUUGAGCGACUUGGAAAAGAAUCAGAUUUGCUUAAACAGGCAUAUGGACAUUUUUUUGAUUUAACAAUUGUUAUUGAUGAUAUUGAGGAGGCAAUUGCACAAUUGGAAGCUGCCAUUGAAAGAAUACAAAAAACACCGCAAUGGACACCAGUCAGAUGGGUCUAUUGACAACGUUUCGAAUAGUAGUCAAAAAUACAUAACAAAAUACAAUUAAAAUUCAUUUAAGUGGUGGCUCAUAUUAUUAUUAUUAUUAUUAUUAUUAUUAGAUAAAAAAUAAUAAUAAAAAUUUUGAAAAUUAAAAAAUUAAAAUUAAACAAUUGACAUGUAUUUUUUUUUUUUUUUUUCAUUAUUAUUAUUUUUUGGGACAAUUUAUUCUGAUGGAAUUGUAGCGGAAAGUUCGUGAAAAAAAAUUAUUUAUUUAACAAACGAAUGAUGGGCCCCAAAAAUCUGCUGAACCAACGAUUUUUAUUUUAUUUAUUUGUGUAUUUUUUAAAAGCCUCCUUCUUCUCAAUCGGAUGAGCUCGAAAUAAAAAAAUAUAUACUACUACUACUUCUACUUCUACUACUCUUACAACUACUGCUGCAUACUACUAAUAUACUGUAUAAAGUAGAGAAUUGAAAUUCGGACCAAAAUAAUAAAAAGGUUCGUUAGUCAAAUUUAAAAAGAGUCUGACUCGCGAUUAUAAUUGAUAAAAAUAAUAAAAUUGGAGUGGUCGCGUGUUAUUAUAAUUAAUAUUUCUAAAAAUAAAAACAGUGUUAUUCAGGGAUAAUGAUAAAAUUAAAAAAAAAAAAAAAUAUCAAUGCCAAUGUUUAACCACUCCCAAAAAUGAUACCAAAUACUUGAUAAAAUUAUUAUUAUUAUUAUUAUUAUUACAAGAAAAAUAACUAGGCAAAACAUCAAACAACAUAAUAUUAUAUUUACUAGACUAUUAAACUAUACUUAAUCUAUAUUAUUUAUUUAUUUAUUUAUUUAUUUAUAUUAUAUACAAAAGAUAAUUUUCAUUACAUUAUGUUAUUCUUCCAAAAAAUUUAUCUGAUUUACUUUGAAUUUUUAAAAAUGAAACAUUAAUAAAAGUUGGAGUAAAAAAAAAAAUCAUAAUAAUAAUAAUAAAUUUAAUUUAAAAAAAAAAAAAAACAAGAGAUUAGUGAUUUUUGUCAACGUAAAAAUUUAAGUUUAAUUGUUAAUGCCUCGAGUCGUUUAAAUCGAUUUGUUUCGCAUAUAUAUACGAAUUUUACGUCGAAAUCAAAAAAAAAAAAAAUAUAUAAAUAAAUAUUAUAUUUGAUUGAUUAUAUUAUCUCUAUUAUACACAAAAAAGUAAUUAAAAAAAAUAACAUGUUAUUAACAAAAAAUUAGAAUUGAAAAAUGAAAAAAUUUGUCUGGUAGAGAACUGAUUAAGUGCAAUAAUUAUAUUUCAAAGUAGAUAUAUAAUCAUCAGUCAAAUUAAUUAAUUAAUUAAUUUUUAAGAAAACGAGAGAAAAGAAUUCAAAUAUUAGUGUUGUGUGCAUAAUAGUCAAUCAUUUAACGAGGCACUGUAAAUUUUUAAAUUAUUAUUAUUAUUAUUAUUGUAUUAUUUUUUAAAAAAUAUUAAAUACAUAUGCUGUUGGAAACAUUGUUUUACGUAUAAUUGUUGUCAAUUUUAUAAACAUUUUAAUUUAUAAUAAUAAUAAUUAUUAUUAUUAUUUUCAAGAGAAAAAUGUAAUUACAAGGUUGAUGAAAUUCGAGUAUUAUGUUGAAUUUUAAAUAAAUUAAUCAUGAUGAUAUUCAUGGAGGCAAAUUUCAAAUCAUUUACUCUUUUUCUUUCUCUUUCUCUCUCUUUCUCUUUUACUUUAUCAUCUUUUAUAAAUAAUAAUAAUAAUAAUAAUUAAAAAUAAUCAGCUUGUUUCGUUUUUGUAAUAAGAAAAAAAAAAAUAUAUAUAUAUAUAAUUUUGUCUUCUAAUCAAACACAACAUGAGAGUGAUAAGCAAAAUGAAUAGUAUUAUAAUGAAAUAACAAACAAUUUAAAUAUAAAACAACAACAUCUUUCAACAAAAUUACAAUUAUUAUUAUUAUUAUUAUUAUUAUUAUCAAUAAUUAGAAAGAAAAAAAUAGAUUUUUAAUUAAUUUUUGACGCUCUAGAAUGAUCAAGGAAUUUUUUUAUAUUUAAAAAAAAAAAAAAAGAAAACGAUACUGAUAAAUCAAAUAAAAACAAUGAACAAAAGCAAUUAAUUGUAAAAUUUAAAAAAAUAUUGAAAUCAAGUUUGUCAAAUAAAAGUAAACAUACAGUGUAUGAAAGUCAACUAAAUAUCCUCCUAUCCUUUUCAAUGUGACAUUCCCAUUUCCCAUACUUUUUCCAUAGCUACAUUUUCAAAUUUCACGAGUCAAGUAUGAGCAUAUGAGUAUAUAAUUGAUUAAAUCAAUUAAAUCAAUAUACAUAUUAAUACGAAUGAAUGAACGAAUGAAUAAUUCAAAAGGUGCAACUUUAAAUUACGAUUGAAACAAAAAAUUAAUAAUAAUACAAACAGUGAAUGAAAUGACGAUAAUUAAAAAAAAAAAAGAAAAUAAUGGUUUUGUAAUAACAUUUUAUGAUAGCCAUAUUCUGGUCAAUUGUUAGAAAAUUACUAACAAUUAUUAACGAAAAAAAAAAAGAGACAAAUAUUAAAAAAGUAAAUAAUAAUAAUAAAAAUAUUGACGUCGAUUAUCGAAAAGCUUUCAUGCUUUUGUCAUUAUUGAAAAAAAAAAAAUAAAUAAAUAUAAAAUCAAAGCUCACAAAAAAAUUUUGAAAAAAAAAACCAACAAAAUGUUGAAA